CUGUUCCUCCCUGAAGAGACGCAGGCUGAAAACCAGACGAUCACAUUCACCUUCCAAACCAAACUAAACCAAACCAGACCAGACGUCCUGAGUGAGUCCAGCUACAGGAGAGAAGAGUCAAACUACAACCUGCCGACGCUCCACACACUGACCCUUCACCUGGAGACUCAAUGGCUUCCAGAUUAGAAGAGGAUCUCUGCUGUCCCGUCUGCCAUGAUGUCUUCAGAGAUCCUGUCAUUCUGUCAUGUAGCCACAGCUUCUGUAAAGACUGUGUGAAGAGCUGGUGGAAAGACAAAGAAGUAAAAGAGUGUCCACUUUGUAAGAGAAGACAUUCAAAGUCAGAACCACCUUGUAACCUGGCGUUAAAGAACCUGUGUGAGACCUUCUUACAGGAGAGAGAUCAGAGCUCUUCACCUGCUCUCUGCAGUCUGCACUCAGAGAAACUCAAACUCUUCUGUCUGGACCAUCAGCAGCCAGUGUGUGUCAUCUGCAGAGAUUCAGAAAAACACACCGACCACAGAUUCAGACCCAUCGAUGAAGCUGCACAACAGCACAAGAAGCAACUUCAGGAAACUCUGGAGCCCUUGAAGAAGAAGUUACAGAGUUUUGAACGUGUUAAAGUAGAGUUUGAACAAACAGCAGAACACAUUAAGGUCCAGGCCGGACUCACAGAGACGCAGAUCAAGGAGCAUUUUAAAAAGCUUCAUCAGUUUCUGGAGGAGGAAGAGGAGGCCAGGAUGGCUGCACUGAGGGAGGAAGAGAAGCAGAAGAGUCGGAUGAUGAAGGAGAAGAUUGAGGCUCUGAGCAGAGACAUAACGUCUCUUUCAGACACAAUCAGAACCACAGAGGACGAGCUGAGAUCUGAAGACGUCUCGUUCCUGCUCAACUACAAGGCUGCAGUGGAACGAGUCCAGCAGCGCCCCCUGCUGGAUGAUCCACAGCUGGCCUCAGGAGCUCUGAUAGAUGAGGCCAAACAUCUGGGCAACCUGAGCUUCAACAUCUGGAACAAGAUGAAGGACGUGGUCUCCUACAGUCCUGUGGUUCUGGACCCAAACUCUGCUGCUCCAUGGCUCGUCCUGUCUGAAGAUCUGACCAGUUUGAGACUAGGAGAGAAACAGAAGCUUCCUGACAAUCCAGAGAGGUUUGAUCAUUACCACUCAGUCCUGGGAUCUGAGGGUUUUAACUCAGGGACUCACAGCUGGGACGUCCUGGUUGGAGACAGUACACACUGGUCACUGGGUGUAAGAGCAGAGUCUGUCCAUAGGAAGGGAAAAGAUCUGUCUGGAUACUGGAGAAUACAGUUCUAUGAAGGUGAAUACUCAGCACUGUCACCAUCAGGAUCAUCUGUUCUCUCUGUGCAGAAGAUCCAGAGGAUCAGAGUGAAACUGGACUGGAACAGAGGAGAACUGUCGUUCUCUGAUCCUGAUACUAACAAACACAUUCACACCUUCACACACACUUUCACUCAGAAGAUGUUUCCAUUCUUUGGCAUUACAGAUCCAGUGAAGCUGUUACCUGUGAAAGUCUCUGUGAUGCUGGAUCAGAGCCGUUAGAGAUAAAGAUUUUAUUCAUCAUGUUUAUUUCUUCAAGAGAAAUCUGCUGAAUUUAAAUGUUAAACUCGUUAUUCUAAAGCUUUGUUUAUUUCUCCUUUUACUUCUCACUCAUUUUUAUUUCUCCUGUUGACUUUUCCACAUGUGUAGAAAAGAUUUCAUUAUUUUCUGAUCUUUAUCUUUGGUUUGUUUUUUAAUUUCAUGGAAAAUGUUUAUCAUUUAGAUUUUGUGUGGAUCCACGAAGUCGAGCAAACUGAUAAAGAUCCACAUAAAAACACAUUCAUCAAUAACAGCUGAUCAUUGUUCACAUUCAACAAACUUUAUUCAAACUCACACAUGAGACAUGAUUCAUGUUCAAUCACAUAAAGUCUGUUCACAUAUGAAAUAAUCCAACAUAAAUGAACAUUUGUCUGUUUGAUGUGAUGAAGCCAAAAUGAUUCUGUCUUUGAAACUGUUUAUUCAACUGCAGCCGAGUGAUGUGAUUUUA